AUGAUACCAGAUGGGGGAAACCAGAGCUCUGUGACUACAUUCGUUCUUCUGGGCUUCUCUGAAUACCCAAACCUACAAGGACCCCUCUUCCUGGCAUUCUUAAUCAUUUACACAGUCACAGUGGUAGGGAACCUGGGCAUCAUUUUAGUCACAAGGAUAAAUCCCAAACUCCACACACCCAUGUACUUUUUCCUUAGCCACCUCUCCUUUUUGGAUAUUUGUUAUUCCCACGUAUUUACACCUAAAUUCCUAGAAAUCUUGAUCGUUAAAAUCGGAAUUAUUUCUUUCAAAGGGUGCAUGGUACAGUUUUAUUUUGCCUGUACGUUUGUGAUCACAGAAAUGUUCAUGUUAGCAGUGAUGGCCUAUGAUCGCUUUGUGGCUGUUUCAGGAACUAUGAUGUUGCAGGAGGGAAAUCAAAGCACUACCAUCACCUUUGUCCUCUUGGGCUUCUCCGAAUACCCAGACCUCCAGGUGCCUUUCUUUCUGCUCUUUUUGACAAUCUACAUGGUCUCCGUUGUGGGAAAUCUAGGUAUGAUCAUGAUUAUCAGAAUCAGUCCUAAACUCCACACUCCCAUGUACUUUUUCCUCAGCCAUCUCUCCUUCCUUGAUUUUUGUUACUCCUCUGUACUUACACCCAAAUUGUUAGAGGUCUUGGUUGUGGAAGUAGGGACUAUCUCAUUCAUGGGUUGCAUGAUGCAAUUCUUCUUUGGCUGCACAUUUGUGAUCACAGAAAUGUUCAUGUUAGCAGCGAUGGCCUAUGACCGAUUUGUGGCUGUGUGUAACCCUCUGCUCUAUACAGUUGCUAUGCCUCGGAAGCUCUGUGCCCUCCUAGUAGCUGGAUGCUACGUGUGGGGAAUAGUCUGUUCCUUUGUACAGACCUGUUUCCUUAUGGCUCUAUCUUUCUGUGGAUCUAACACCAUAAAUCACUUUGGUUGUGAGUAUUCUGCCGUCAUUGCUGCCUCCUGCUCUGACACUCGUACCAACCUGAUGCUGAGUUUUGUCAUUUCUACAUUCAAUGAGGCUAGUAGUCUUCUGAUUAUCCUCGCCUCCUAUGUGUUUAUUGUGGUCGCUAUCAUCAAGAUGCCCUCCACUGGUGGGCUCCGUAAAGCAUUCUCCACCUGUGCCUCCCAUCUCACUGCCAUCACCGUCUUCCACGGAAUCAUCCUCCUUCUCUACUGCAUGCCCAGCUCUAAAAACUCUCUGCUUCUUGUGAAAGUGGCCACUGUGCUUUACACAGUUGUGAUCCCAAUGUUAAACCCUCUUAUCUACAGCCUUAGAAAUAAUGAUGUGAAGGAGGCACUCAGGAAGAUAUUCAAUGCCAAACUGCUUUCUCAUCCAGCGUAA